AUGCUGAACUACCUGGACCCUAACCCGCGGCCAUUGCUGGGCAUGGUGUCCGAGACGAUGCCGAUAUAUGAUGCUCGCAACUCAACAGCGAUCUUUUCACUUGAGAAGAACGGUUUCCAGAUGUCUGAUAUGGACCUGGAUGAGGAUGCAGCCAUUGACAAGAUCAGAGGCCGAGCGAUGGCAGUGCCCAAGAGAGAGAUUCCAUCAGCAAGCCACAUCAUCCCGUUUGAUGCGAAGGUUCGCGAGGGUGGAAUGCUGUCUGCCUUGGUACCUGCUGGGUUACGCGCCUUUCCCGCUGGUGAAGCGCCGCCCUGA